AAUAUAAUUAAAUGCAUGAAGAGAGCCAAAGGUAGUGGUUCAUAGAAUUAUCUAAAGAUGAUGAUGAAAAAAAUGUGGGUUUGGAUGUUGCUAACAUUAUUGACCUAUGGUCGUUGUUAUGGGUGUUUGGAGGAGGAGAGGAUUGGUCUCUUGGAGAUCAAGGCUUUGAUCAAUCCAAACAGCAUCUUCGGGCAUUUGGGCGACUGGACAGCCAAUAAAGAGGAUAUUGCUAAUUGUUGUGAUUGGUCUAUGAUUGAGUGUGAUUCCACUACAAGGCGUGUGAUCCAUCUCUCUCUCGCGGGUGCAAGGGAUUUCCGCUUGGGGGACUGGGUUCUCAACGCAUCUUUGUUUCUGCCUUUUAAAGAACUGCAAAGUCUUGAUUUGAACAAAAAUAGAUUAGUUGGUUGCUCUGAGAAUCAAGGCUUCGAAGUCCUAUCAUCUAAGCUAAGGAAACUGAAUGCCCUUGACCUCAGUGGUAAUCGUUUUAGUAAUAAUUUUAUAUCAUGUUUCAAUGGGCUUUCAUCUCUCAGGUCUUUGGAUCUGUCCAGCAAUCUGCUGAAAGGAUCAGCUGACUUCUAUGGUUUCAAAGUCUUGUCAUCAAGGUUAAAAAAACUAGAGAGCCUUCGCCUAAAGAUGAAUGGAUACAAUGAUAGCAUUUUUUCAACUCUAACUGGAUUUUCAUCUCUCAAGUCUUUGGAUCUAUCAUACAAUCAGUUGACAGGAUCAGCUGGCUUCAAUGCUUUUCAACUCCAACCGAUGAGGCUGGGGAAACUAGAGAACCUUUACUUGAGUCGCAAUCAACUGAACAGCAACAUCUCAUCAAUUCUAAGUGGGCUUUUAUCCCUCAAGUCUUUGGAUCUAUCAUAUAAUAUGCUGAGAGGAUCAAGUAUCAAUGGUUUUGACGCCCUACCAUCAAAAUUGAGGGAACUAGAGAGCCUUGACUUAAGCUAUAAUAGAUUCAACGACAGCGAUUUAUCUUAUUUGUGUGAAUUUCCAUCCCUCAAGUCUCUAAAUCUAUCAGGCAAUAUGUUCUUAGGAUCAACGACUAUCAAUGGUUUAAGGAAGUUGGAGGUCCUUAGUCUGAACGAGCUCACCAUUAGUGGAAGUACUUUGCUGCAGUCAUUGGGAGCAUUGCCAUCCCUAAAGACCCUUUCUCUUAAGGAAACUAAUUUAAGCGGGACGUCAAUAAGUCAAGGGAGUUUUUUCAAUUCAACCACCCUUGAAGAGUUGAUACUCGACGGCAGUUCUUUCCCCACAAACUAUCUUCAGAAUAUUGGAGCAUUUUCAGCGCUUAAAAUUCUGUCUUUUAGUGGUUGUGAUCUCAAUAGCACCUUACCAGCAAAAGAUUGGUGUGAAUUGAAGAAUCUAGAGCAGUUAGAUAUCUCUUGGAAUAAUCUAAAGGGUUCACUCCCAGAUUGUUUUAGAAACUUGACAUCUCUACAACUAUUAGAUGUUUCUGGGAAUCGAUUUGUUGGAAAUAUUGCCUCCGGUCCUCUUACCAAUCUCAAAUCCCUUGAAUUCCUCUCAUUAUCAAAUAACCACUUUGAAGUCCCACUUUCAUUUAAUUCCUUCAUGAACCACUCAAAACUCAAGUUCUUCAUAUGUGACCACAACACACUAAUAGGAGACAAAGCUGGCUUUCAGAAUUUCAUUCCGAAGUUCCAACUGAUGUUUUUCAGCUUGUCAAGUAGAACAUCUAAAGCACUCAAUGCAGAUAUUCCCAACUUUCUCUAUAGCCAAUAUGACUUGAGAAUCCUUGAUCUCUCCCAAAACAAUUUCAAUGGAAUGUUCCCAUCGUGGUUACUUAAGAACAACACGAGGUUAGAACAACUAUACUUGAGGGAGAACUCUUUUGUUGGUCCUUUGAUAUUGCAGAACCAGCCAAAUCCUUAUAUGAAUGUCAUAGAUAUAUCAAACAACAACAUACAUGGUCAAAUUCCAAGAAAUAUGUGUUUGGUUCUUCCAAAUGUGUCAAAAUUAAGGAUGCAUAUGAAUGGACUGAUAGGUUCCCUUCCUUCUUGUUUUGGAAACAUGAGCUCUCUAGAAUAUAUGGAUUUAUCUGACAAUCAGUUGUCUAGAGUAAAACUAGAGCAGUUGAAGAGUUCAUGGUUUGUCAAGCUAUCAAACAACAAUUUGGGUGAGCAGCUACCUCCUUCAAUCUUCAACUCAUCUGCUUUCCUAUAUCUAUACCUUGACGGCAACAACUUUACGGGGCAGAUAUCAGGUUUUCCACCUCCUAAUUGGAUACGUUUGAGUGCAUUGGAUAUCAGUAACAAUCAAUUAUCAGGCAUGCUUCCAACGUGGAUGGGCAAUUUUUCAUAUCUCCAAGCAAUUGAUUUGUCUAGAAAUCAUUUUGAGGGUCCAAUUCCUAGAGAUUUCUGCGACCUUGGCAACCUUAAAUAUUUGGACAUGUCUGAGAACUAUUUGUUUGGUUCUGUACCAUCUUGCUUCAGCCCAUCAACAAUAAAACAUAUCCAUCUAUCCAAAAAUCAAUUGAGCGGUCCAUUAACAAAUGCAUUUUAUAACAGCUCUUCCUUGGUCACGUUGGAUCUCAAUUACAACAACUUCAUGGGCCCAAUUUCAAAUUGGUUUGGCAAUCUUUCGGUCUUGAGUGUUCUUCUUCUGAAAGCUAAUCAUUUUGCUGGUGAGUUUCCUACUCAGUUAUGCUUGUUAGAGCAUUUAAGCAUCUUGGAUGUUUCACAAAAUAAACUCUCCGGUCUUCUACCCUCCUGUAUAGCAAAUUAUCUUUUUAAGCAAAAUUUAGAGAAAGCGGUAGCUGUUCAUCAAAGAAUCUAUCAAUUGGAGUCCACAAGUAAGAUGUAUUCUGAAACCAGUUUACUACUAGGGAGGAUCGAUAACCUGAAAAACAGUUUUAGAGUCGUCAAUAUAGAAGAAGCAAUAGAAUUUACAACUAAAAGAAUGUCAUAUGGUUACAAGGGCAAUAUUCUCAACUUCAUGACUGGUUUUGAUCUCUCCAGCAAUAGAUUCUCAGGCGAAAUCCCAUUAGAAAUGGGAAAUUUAAGAGAGUUACAUGCAUUAAACUUGUCACACAACAAUCUCACUGGAUGUAUCCCUGCAACAUUCUCAAACUUGAAGCAGAUAGAGAGCUUGGAUCUUUCUUACAACAACUUGAAUGGUGGAAUCCCUCCAGAACUUGCUGUCCUCAACAAUCUAGCAGUUUUCAGUGUGGCACACAAUAACUUGUCAGGAAGAACUCAAGAGAUGAAGGCUCAGUUUUGGACCUUUGAUGAAAGCAGUUAUGAAGGUAAUCCUCUUUUAUGUGGACCUCUGUUACAGAAAAAAUGCGAUGGAGAAGAAUCACCAUCACAGCCAACGCCUAAUGAUGAACGAGAAGAUGAUGGAUUCAUAGACAUGUAUGUUUUCCAUGUGAGCUUUGGGGUAUGUUUCAUAAUUGGGGUGUUGACAAUUGCAGCAGUUCUUUACAUAAAUCCACUUUGGCGACGCAGGUGGUUUCACUUCAUUGAAGAUUGCAUUGACACUUGCUACUAUUUUCUGGUGAUUAAUUUUCGUAAGUUCUCCAACUUUAGAAGAUCUUAGGGUCUUAGCAUGGGAUUGCUGAAUUUGUUGUGGUUGUUGGCGGGAGAAUCAGUUAUUUGCUUGUUGCAUUCUUGGUCCAGAUAUGUGUUUUCUCCGAACUUGUCCAAUUUGCUUGUAUCUGUCCAGCCAUUAUAGGUGUUUUUUAGUGUGUUGGUCUCAUAGCUUAGCCUUACCUUGGAUCUUUUCAAUAUGCAAGUGUUGUAACUAUAUUUAUCUUUGGGAUCCUAAGUUUGUCUUGUUUUACUUUGUUUUCGCUAUAUUUUUUUGCACUGACCAUCAUGUUGGAAAUUAAAUUCUUAUCAAGAAGUUAAUUAUGAAGGCCUUUAAGGCCGCCCA